ACUCCGAUUCAUCCUCACCAUCAUCUUGUACUUCUCCGGCCUGCGCCACAGCCGUCGAGCUCUUCUUCUACUCCUGUUUCUCCGUCCAUGGAGCUGGCCGCCUCCACGUCCGCCUCCGUCUGCUCGGCGUACAACCACCUCUCGGCGCCGGCGCCGGCAGCCGGCGGUGACAGCGGAGACCAGGCGGCGGUGUCAGCGCAGCAGCUCGCGCGGCGGCAGAGGAAGCACGGCGGAGGCUGCGCGGGGCUCCGGCGGCGGUGCUACGCGGUGCUGAAGCAGCAGCGGACGCGGCUCUACAUCCUCCGGCGCUGCGUCACCAUGCUCCUGUGCUGGCACGAGCACGACGACCUCUCCGACUGAGGAGCAUGGGCCGCCCCGCUCCGUCCUGGUUAGAGCCCGGCUGUAUCUACGCGGGCCGGGCCUGGUUUCCAUGCUCGAUCUGUAUGUAGGAAACCCAGAGAGAGAUGCGCGUGCACGUGGACACUGCCAGCCUGUCAAAAAUAAUCAGACGCUGGUGGAUUUUCAUUCUGAAAUUUGGCGUGUGUUUGAGCAACAAUGCUUGUGAUUCGACGGAACUGCAAUUCAUGUA